CCUGAAGUAGCAGCAGCUACAUUUACUAAGUCAGCUAUAUCCUUAGUGGCAAUGCCUGAGCGACACCAUAACCAGAGAUACCCAAACCAUCCUGACUGUGAGACGAGAGACUCGAACAGAGCAAGAGAGUACAAAAGGAGUGGACAAAAUGAGAAAUACAGGGACGAGAGAAGUACAGUGUAUGAGGAGAACAGAGGACGGAGUUUUAGAGAACCUCAUAAUAGAGCGUUUACACCCACACCAACAUAUGAAUCAACAUUCAGAGUGGAAGAUCUUUACAACCUUAGAUAUAUUCCCACAGCCAGAGGCCUGUGUCAGGGAAUGGAAUUUUUCAUUAACAUGCUGAUUGUAAUCUGCGCUGGAGUACCCUACAGCAACAAGGGGCAAUAUCAGGACCUUGCCAGCCUGGGUGGAUUGUACUACUACUAUUACGGAGGGGCGCAGGCAUUCGCCGGGCAGGAAUUGGUGAGGGUAAAGGAGCUUGACGGGCUUUUCUACCAGCUGAAACUGCCACCUUACAUUUUCAGCAUGGCAUGUGGUGGGGCACUCAUGGUUUAUGCUUUAGCCAUGCUAGCACUGGGGGUGUUCCGUGUGCCUUUCCGUUUGACUCCUGUGCUACUGAUCGAGGCCGUGAUAGAUGGACUAAUAAGCCUGGGAUACAUACCGGCUGUGGCCUUUUACUUUAUAAAAGUGCAGGAGACGUACAGCAACCCGAUCUGCACGGAAAGAGAUGCACUGUACCAAAGCAAAGGCUACAGGGGGAUGGAGUGUAAACUCAGUGGGACAGACAUUGCAGGAGGGUUCUUUGGGGUUUUAGGUUUCAUUGUUUUUAUGGCAAGUGCAGUGCUAGCUGUGCGAGCUUUCAGAGCAGUUAGGCAAAUGAAACAGCAGAGGGAGCCAGAGGAUAACAACUUGUAA